AACCAAUGCUUACCCUUCAAUCUGAAAGUAAUUCAUCUUGGGGUCAGCAAGUCCAGAUGAGCUGCUCCAUCUCCACUCAGUACCUGGGUGGGACAUUCACCCUACAGCAGCUCUCUGGGUCCUAUAGAGAGACAAAGGCAGCCUCAGGAACCUCUGCUGUUUUCACCAUCCGUCAGGUGGACUUUGCCCAUGGAGGAUCCUACUACUGCCAGUAUCAAACACGAGUGUCUGGUCACAAUUUCACCCCCUCUCGCAGUGAUCCUGUCAGCUUCUCUGUAGAUGUGUCCCUGUCACAGCCCAUCAUCUCUGUGAGUGCCCCAGAGGGAGAGCUGGUCUUGGGGCCAAACGGCCCAGAGGUCCCCUGGGGCCAAAGCUUCUCCAUCGUCUGCUCCACCAAGCCACAGUACCAAGGAGGCUCUUUCCACCUCAUCUCUGAUGGGUCAGCGGAGAUCUGGACUGAGCAGGCGGUCAAUCACUCUGCCUCUUUCGACUUUCCUGAAGCAGACUUUUUCCAUGCAGGGAACUACAGCUGCUCCUAUGAGGUCACUCUGUCUGCACGUCUGUUCACCUCUGGAAAAACAGAUGAGCUUCACGUGAGCAUAAGAGCACUGACGUGGAUGGAGUGGUCUCACCAUGUAGCAUCUGUACAUCCCUCUGUGGUCUAUGUGGCAACACCUGGGCUGUUGCUCCUUGUGAUAGUCCUGUGCUCAGUGUUGCUGUUGAGGAUAAAGAAGACACAGCAUAUAUACGCGAUCAAUGAUCAGUACUGGCCGAUGACGUCAUUUGAAGUACCAAAACCAACAGAGCCAGUGAAGACAGAGCAGAUACCAUCUCAGCUGGAGGAAGACGUUGAAUGUGCAUCUUAAGCAGACCUCAGUAUAUAUGUGAGGGUAGCUAUCUGUGCUUUUGCUUCCAAGAUUUGUUGUGAUUGUGCCCCAUCUGUCUGAUGCUGGUUUUUUCUAUCUUUGUUUGUUUCUCUUUCUUUUUCAAAAAAUACUGAUAGAAAAAAUAAAAUGAAACUAAAUGAAAAGCAUAUAAAUCAUUCUAAAUUGGUGUCUGACAGCAAAGUGAGAUCUGUUUGUACCUUACACAGCUGGCUAUGAUAAUUGAAUACUACGCUGUCUCUAAAUCGUCAGUGCAUUGUUUCAGUGUUGUUCUUUUUGCUUACAAUAAAUGGAAGCUUUGAUACCAAAUAUAAA